GUUCAUUUCAACGCUGAGGUUCUCUCUCUCUAAAAUCCAAUCAUUUCCUCAAAGACCAAAAAAAAAAAAAGACAAAGGAACCUCUUUGUUUCUGACGCACAAACACCACCAAUCCUCAAUCUCGUUACAUUUUCCCGAGAAAAUCCCCAUUUUCUCUCAGAAUCCCGGAAAUUCGAAACACUUUUUCUCACUCUAGGUCGAAGCUCCUGCUUCUUCCGCCAAUCCAAUUCCUAACCCGGUGUUGGAUUCUUGGUGCUUCGAUUUCGUCUUCAGGAAUGAGAUUCUCCUCAUACCUUCAACAAUCUCAGCGUUCGGAUUUCCUUGUUCAAUUUUAACCUUCUCGCAGUGUGACUAUGUAUCAUGCAAAGAAGUUUCCGCAGGCAACGAUGGUGCCGCAUAAAUCUCAAGGUGGAGCUGAACAACUUGCAAAUGUUGGGGUUUUGAAUGGAUCUGCUGUGAAAAAUGUAGCACCUGCUGGAGGAAGUGGGAAACAACGUUUGCGUUGGACAUCUGAUCUUCAUGACCGUUUUGUGGAUGCCAUUACACAACUUGGUGGACCAGAUAGUGGGAGCAACACCAAAAGGUGUUCUGAGAGUGAUGGGUGUACCUGGACUGACCAUUUAUCAUGUUAAAAGCCAUUUACAGAAGUAUCGCUUGGCAAAGUACUUGCCCGAAUCACCAGCUGAUGGUAAAGAUUCUAAAGAUGAGAAAAGAAAUUCUGGAGACAGCAAUUCUGGCGCUGAGUCUUCUCCGGGUUUGCAAAUCAAUGACGCGCUAAGAAUGCAGAUGGAGGUUCAGAAACGUCUGCACGAACAACUUGAGGUUCAGAAGCAGUUACAAAUGAGAAUUGAAGCUCAGGGUAAAUACUUGCAGAAGAUCAUAGAGGAACAGCAGAAAUUAGGCAGUACCUUGACAGCCUCGGAAACGUUCCCGUUGCCCCAUGAAAAGCAAAAUCAUCCCCAGUCAGAGCCUUCUGGGUCUAGUGAUGCCCUUGCAGAUACUUUUUCUCCACUUAAAAAACAGAGAAUUGAUGAAGGUUCAAAGGAUGGCUUCGAUGCAUCCCAAGUUCCAAGAAAGACUGCACAGAAAAAUGAUUGUAAUGUUGGUCUGAUGGAUCCAAACUUGUAUGGAGAUGAUGCUGGCUUGGGAUUUGAUUUGGAGACAGAAAACGAAGAAGACAAUGAGAGUGAGCAGUAAGAAUUAGGUUCUGUUUGUAGUUCAACCAUGUGUCUUAUUGUAAUAUCUAGUAGAAAAUACAGAUCAUAUUUUUGUAAAUUAUAUUCCAUGCAAUCCAUUUGUAUAUAUUAAUGUAGAGAUAGAUGCAUUCUUCUCUCCUGUUGUGAGAGUCAUAAACACCACCGUGCUCCCACGGUCAACAGAAAUGCAUUGUACAUGUGGUCAUGGAUGAUGAAUGUUGGGAGCUGGACACUUGUCAUUUAUCAAUGUUCACGUUGUUAUUAUUGUCCAAGUUUCAAAGUUGUUAAUUAGCUAGUGAAGGCAUUGUUUUAUCA